CAAACUGGAGCCCAAAUCGAGUGCAGUUUCGUCCGCGGAUCAUUUAAAGACGGUCUGACCCGCUGCAGUCUUUCAGCGGCUAAAGUGGAAAGCCCGUGGGUCUUCUUCUCUUCUGCGAGGGUCGGGAAACGUCAGAAAACUGCCACGACCGCAGGUGCUUGCAGGACUGUAGUGACGCCGCCAUGAAGUCCCCCUGCUGUGAUGCUGCCAGACUCAGGAAACACUCCAGUGCAGAGGCCAAGGAGGUUCAGAUCAAACCUUCUCCCGUACAGGGACCCCUGGCCCCCAAACCAAGUUGUCCACCCCGCCAAGCGGUCAGGUCGCUGUUCCCAAACACCAAGACGGUGCCAGGGAAGGAGAACAGCACAAACAAGGAGCAUGAGCUGACAUGGGAGGACUCCUUUGAGGACAGUGGGAUCUUUAGCUUGCACAACAGCCAGUUGGAGGACUUGACAAGGGAGGAGGACGGAGAGCGGAGAAGAUCCAAAACUUUCAUUUUGGGUCACGUUUCUCAUACAGAGAAGGCAUCCCCUAUAGACACCCGUUGUUUGGAGCACCGGCCCAAAUUGCCCAUACAGGACUUUCAGCAAGCUGUCUGCGAGCGGCUGGCCACGAGCUACGCCAGGACCAAAAGGUAUGACUGGAGCGUCGUCUCAGAAGAGGCCGAACGUCACCUCUUGGAUCGGGUCAUCGGUGGUCACAUGGGCCAGGAGUUUGUCGACGUAUUUCAGUCACUGCUGUACAGGAACAUGAGGGUCAUCCUGACCAAGAUCCUGGCCCUGCUGGGGGAGAUGGAUCUCAUCAGCUGUAAGAAGGUGAGCCGGACCUGGAGGCAGAUCAUCUGUGAAGACGCUGCAGCACUCAGAAGAUGCAAGAAGGCGGAACGGGAGCUUCAGGAGUCCACCAACUCCCUGAGGAGGAGCGAGCUGACGCGGGACGUGGCCGAGACCCGGGUGGUGCUGUCCUGCAUGCAGCGUCUGGCCAGCACCCCAAAACCACCUUCUUCAUCCACCCCCAUCAACAGCGUCCACAGAGCCUCGCAGGCCUCGCAUUUCAAAGACUUCCUGAAGGCCAGCAGCGGCCUGAAGACCCACGAGUCCCUGCGCUCAUGCAAACACUGCCGGUCUCCAGCCACUCACUACCCUGAGGUCCAGCGGGCCACAUGCACACGCCAGAGCUGCCUCUUCGACUUCUGCACCCGCUGCCUGGGCUCCUACCACGGCUCCACUGCCUGCCGAGUGGUCCAGCCUCGGACCUGCGCCUUGAGCUCCGGCAGCACCCCCAUCCUGCCCGGCAGUGCCCGCAGCAAAAGAAACCUCAGACGGUUGUAGCAAAAAAAUGUUGGGUCGCACAAACUGGUGAGCACUUUAGCACCCGGACAAUCUUCCCGGGACCGAGCGCGCCGUCGGUGUCCCGCGAUCAUGAUGCCAAAAAACACAAUGUGAAGUUUUGUUUUUAUGAACGUGUAAAUAUGCUGCAUGUCGCUUUUAAAUGGAUUGUACAUAUGUUUUAUAGAGCUCUGUUUCAUGCAC